AUGGAAUUACAAAAUAAAUUGAACGCAGCAGCCAAUGUCACAAACCUAGUCUUAAUUCUUAAGAAAAAGACUGAAAAUGUUUACCGCAUAAGAUACGAUUCUCAAGUAAAAUUUACCUGCUUCUUACUUGUUAAUCGGUCUGGAUCGGUUUUGAGGCAAAAACUCAUUCGUACCAGCGUCUCUCAAAUGUCGCCCGGAGGCCUUCCUGAAGAACUUAUCACAGAAGUCUUAUCAGUCCUUCCUGUGAAAUCUAUUUUACGAUUCAAAUGCGUCUGCAAGCCAUGGGAAUUUCUCAUCUCUGAUCCUUUUUUCGUCGAAAAGCAUCGUCAUCAAUCACAAAAACGAAACAAGCAUCUCGCGCUGAUCGUGUGCAGGCCUUUCACGCGUAGUGCUGAAUAUUAUUAUGACAGGGACUGUUCUGUCGUACCAUUUCCCCUCAACAGAUUACUACUUAAUCCAUCCAUAACCAUUCCCAUCCUUCCUCAUCACCGAUUGCGAUAUAAGCGCUGUUUCCGAGUCAUCGGUUCCAUCAAUGGAUUGAUCUGUUUGUUUAAUUCUUAUAGAACUCGCAGCGGUCCAUAUGGUCCGUAUCAUCGAAACACCUGGUUCCGUUUGUGGAACCCGGCCACCAAGACAAUAUCUCAAAAAUUAGGCUCAAUUAUCCAUCCCUCUAUCCAUCCAUAUUAUUCUGGAGAAGAUCGAUCUAACUAUCUCAGGUUUGCAUUUGGUUAUGAUAAAUCAACAGACACUUACAAAGUAGUGGCAUUCUGUCCUAACGAGGUGAAAAUUUUCAGUUUUGGUGAUAAUGUUUGGAAAACUAUUCAAUGUUUCCCUGUAAUUCCUUUAUAUCAUGUGGUUGUGGUUCGCCAUCAACACCAGCGUGUCAACGAAGGUGUGUAUUUGAGUGGCACUAUUAAUUGGUUGGCCAUUUUAAAUUGUGAAUACUUUUGCACAUACAUCGAAGAUCUAGAUGUUCCAAAAAUGGAUCAAUUUGUGAUUAUCUCGCUCAACCUGAACAAGGAGACAUACCGUCGGUUGCUUCCCCCGUGUAUAGAGGAUGUCCCGUAUAUUUUGCCAACUAUAAGUGUGUUGAGGGACCGUCUUUGUUUUUCCUACCAUAUUGAGACUACUCAUUUUUCUAUAUGGAUGAUGAUGGAAUUCGGAGUCCAAGAGUCUUGGACUCAAUUUCUUACUAUUAGUUAUGUGGAUCUUCAAAUUGAUUAUGAAUCCCGUCGAUAUGGUUAUGAUUAUCUACUCUAUCCACUGUGCCUUUCUGAGGAUGAUGACACAAUAAUACUAUCAAAUAGUCACGAAGAGCAGGCCUUUCUCUAUAAUUGGAGAGAAAAUAGAGUAGAGAAAACUAGAAUUACCAACAGUGUAUUGUGGAUGUUUUCUCCUACCUAUAUCGAAAGCUUGGUUUCCACUGGUGGUUGA